AGAAGUUGCUUCUCUUCAUUCUUCUCAGCCGACAGCACCACAAAGCAGUCAUAAGGUGAAGAAGGAAAGGAAAGACUUUUGCAAAAUGGGAAGCACAAACCCAUUCAAAGACAACUCUUUUUCCCUCACUAAGAGAAUUGUUCCCUCCACACUCUAUGCUUUGUUUCCCAUUGCUUUGAUUUCUACAUACCUCUACCUUCUCUCCAUCACUACACAUUCCACAAACACCACCACCACCACCACCACUUACCACCCUUCUCUUUCUCCUCCAACCCCUCCUCCACCUUCAUCCUUCUCUUCUUUUUCUACAGAAAAGGACAAAGCAUCUGAGAACCCAUGUGACUACUCUAAUGGUGAUUGGGUCCCUGACACAAAAGGCUCUUUGUACAAUGCAACUACAUGUGGCACCAUCAAAGAGAGUGAAAAAUGCAUCCCCAAUGGAAGGCCUGACUCGGGGUAUCUCUAUUGGAGAUGGAAACCCAAUGAGUGCAAUCUUCCAAGGUUUGAACCUCUUGUUUUCCUCCAACUCAUUCAGAACAAACACGUGGCAUUUGUUGGUGACUCUUUGGCUAGGAACCAAUUGGAGUCCCUUCUUUGCAUGUUGUCCACUGUUUCAACUCCAAACCUUGUCUACCGAAGUGGCAAGGACAACAAAUUCCGUAGAUGGCACUUCCCUUCACACAAUGCAAAUUUCUCUUUGUAUUGGUCACCUUUUCUUGUGCAAGGUGUUGAAAGAUCAAAUGAAGGGCCAUAUUAUAACACAAUGCAUUUGGAUCAUGUGAAUGAGAGAUGGGCUAUGGAUUUGGAAAAGUUUGACAUGGUUGUGGUGUCAUUUGGGCAUUGGUUUUUGCUUCCUUCGGUUUACUACGAGGGUGGUUUGGUUAUAGGUAGUUUAAACUGUCCUGAUCUUAGUCAUACUCAGGUUGAUUUUUAUGUUCCCUUAAGGAAGGCUUUGAGGACUACCCUUAGCAGCAUAAUUGAGAGAAAAAAGGGUAACAAGGGAAAUAACAAUGUUGUUGAUGUGAUUGUGAAAACAUUUUCACCUGCUCAUUUCGAAGGUGAUUGGAACAAGGCUGGUACUUGUUCAAAGACUGAGCCUUAUAGGAAGGAAGAGAAGGAACUUGGAGGAAUGGAUAGUGAGAUAAGGAAGAUUGAGAUAGAAGAAGUGGAGAAUGCAAAGGCAAAAGCUAGUGAAUUUGGAGGGUUUAGAUUGGAGGUGUUGGAUGUGACCAAAUUGGCAUUGUUGAGACCUGAUGGACAUCCUGGUCCUUAUAUGAAUCCUUUCCCAUUUGCUGAUGGGGUGCCAGAACGUGUGCAGAAUGAUUGUGUUCAUUGGUGUUUGCCAGGGCCUAUUGACACAUGGAAUGAGAUUUUUCUAGAGAUGGUGAAAAGGUGGACACGAUCAGCUGAGGAGUGAAGAAAUUAAUAACAUUUGAUUAUAUAUUAUAUAGUUAUUAUUAAGAAUUAUGUAACUCAAAAAUAGCUAAUAAUUUCUUUGUUAGGAUGGGUUGAAGUAGCUGGUGCAAGACCAAGAUCUUUGUGGGAGAGUUUUUACCUAUUGGAAAGUAAUACGCUAUUAAUUUGCAUUAACUUUAGUAUGCUUCCUUGUCCUAAGAUGUAUAAACUCUCCUUCCAAUUGGGUCUUGUUAUGAACUUACAAACUUUUGGUCUA